GUAUUUAUUUGAAAGACUACCUGAAUUCAUUUCAAAUAUACUCAGCCAAAUUAAAAACUUGACACUGAUGAAUUUCAACAAUUUUUUUUUUCUGAGUAAAAGGGAAAAGGACAUUGUCUUCAAUAUGGAAAGUGUGAAUAUACCAAUUCUAACAACUGGCAAACAAGACAGCCAGGGAAGCCAUGUGACAUCUUCAUAUAGUAAAUAUGAUGAUUCAAGAUUAAGUUUGUCUUCAUGGGGUCUUCCACAGCCAGUUUUAAAAUAUUACAGAAAAAUUGGAAUAACCAGAUUGUUUCAUUGGCAGGCUGAAUGUUUAUGUACUGGAAAUGUAUUAGGUGGAGGUAAUUUAAUUUAUUCCGCACCUACAAGUGCUGGCAAAACAAUGGUUGCAGAACUGCUGAUCUUAAAGCAAGUUAUGGAAUACAAGCGUAAAGCACUAUUUAUAUUACCAUUUGUGUCAGUAGCAAGAGAAAAGAUGUUGUCACUUCAGGAAUUGUAUCAAGAUGUGGGUGUCCGAGUGAGUGGAUUUAUGGGAAAUUUCAAUGCAUCAGGUGGUUUUAGUAAUGUUGAUGUUGCUGUGUGUACUAUAGAAAAAGGUAACAGUCUGAUAAAUAGAUUACUAAUAGAAGACAGAAUAAAAGAGCUUGGUGCUGUUGUGGUUGAUGAAUUGCAUAUGGUCAGUGAUACAAGUAGAGGAUAUCUCUUGGAAUUGCUGCUAACAAAGAUUUGUUAUGUAGCCAGAAAGUGUGAGCCAGUCAAAGAAAUAUCAGAAAACACCCAUAGAAACCCUGUUCAGAUAAUAGGAAUGAGCGCAACAUUACCAAAUAUUCAUCUACUUGCAAAAUGGUUAUUUGCUGAUCUGUAUGUGACAGAUUAUAGGCCAGUACCAUUGACAGAAUGUAUAAAGAUAGGCACAAGUGUAUAUGAUUCCCAGUUUAAAAAAAGAUGUGAUAUCUACAAUGAUUAUAUUGUACCAGGAGAUGAUGAACAUAUUAUUCCUCUUUGUUUAGAAACUGUUUCAAGUAAUCAUUCAGUACUUAUCUUCUGUCCAACCAGAAACUGGUGUGAAAAACUGUGUGAAUCCAUUGCUCGUGAGUUUUACCGCAUAAGUCGUGACAGCAAAUACCAGGGUGAAACAGGUUUUAUUUUUUUACUCACCUUGAUAAUAUUCAGCUUAUUCUAA